AAACGAGAAAUUUCCUACUGGAGUGAACUGGCAACGUUACCCGACGAGUGGAGGCGCGAGACUCGAAGUGAGAAUGGAGACGAGUGGCGUGUGGCUGAGCAAGGCGGAAAACAAGACUAAAGAGCAAAUGAUUUUUAAGAAGUACAAGAGGAAGCAGAGGUUCGUAGACAAAAUUAAUCAAAAGAAAAUAACUGAGUUUUUGAGCGUUAAAACCGACGAGGAAACGAAGGAGACGGAGAACCGUCGGUCCGAUCGUUCCGUUCGGUGUUGCCUUCCGAAAUCCCCUUUCCCUUUCAAAAAAGACGGUUUGAAGGAAGAAGAACGUUCUGCGGAAGGGGAGGAAAUUUUCUCCGGCCGAGACGAAUGCCGGGAACGCUUGACUGAAUUGUCGUCUGCGUACGAUGACCGACGUCGGGAAGACGAACGUUUCUCGGAAAGUUUGGAUUUGCAUUCCAGUUUAGAACUUCGACCGUUUAUCCCGGUUGACGGUUCCUUUUCCGGUUGUGAUCUUUGGACGUCGUCGAUUCCAGAAGCCACGAUCUACUCCUUCCCAAACAAUAGAAUGUAGAAGAAAGAAAGGAAAGGACGUUCCUGACAAAAAUUUUAUAUCGCUGUUGACAUUUUCUUAUUAUUUAAAGAAAGGAAAAAAAUGACAGAAAGCAGCCUGUUACACCCUUGAUGGAAAUAAUAAUAUAGAUUUUUGGACAUCAGAAAUAUAAAUGAGUGUAUGAAGUGCAAAAUUUUUUUAGGAAAAAUUAAAUUUUAACAUAAUUAUGUGAUUAUAAUCACAGUAAUUUACAAGAAAAGUAAAUUAUAUUGUGAUGCUAUUGAAUGUGACAUUAAAACGUUCAUUAUUCUACACAAGAAUAGUUUUCAAGUAUAGCAUUUACUGUCUAAAGAGGACUUAAAGCUGCAACAACAAGCUAAGACUACAAAAACUCUAAUUGGAAAGUUUUUAGCAGUGAUACACAUCUAUGGAAUCCACUUAUUUGCUGUUUCUUUAGAUUGUUAUUUUUUAAAAUCAUAUCAUAGGUAAUAAUCUUUAACUCCAUAAAUUAAUCUAGAAACCAGACUAUUUAACUUAAUUUUAGAUAAAAUAAAAAUGUUCA